AUGUCCGAACAAGCACCGAAGCCGAACACAAUAGCAGAUGUCCUUUCAAGGUUGCCAGACAAGCGCCCAGUUCAAAUUCAAAUUAUGCAUUUGAAAGCUCAUCUGACAAACACCGUUAAGACUCUCCAAAGUAGUCUUAUGGAAGAGAUGAAGGGACUUAAAGGUGAGUUCCUCAUGAACCAAGCUUCCAAUGAGAAAUGCCUGAAUGAUUUGACGGAAACCUUGCGCAUUUACGCGAGAGAGAACCGAGACCUUGCCAGACUCAUCUACCGUUUCUUCGAAGAGAUAGACGCCAUCUGGAAGGUACUCGGAAAGGACAGAACAUGCAACACCGUAAUUCGUGAACACAGAAUUGAAGAAGGAAUUGUCGAGGAAGAAGAGAAACACGAAGAAGAGAAACACGAAGAAGAGGAAGAAGAGAAACACGAAGAAGAGGAAGUUUGGGCAACCCUUGUUGCCGAUGACACUUACGAAAUUUCCCAACCCUUACCCAUUACCAAAUCCGCAACAGGGAGACCG